AUGAAUCUAGCGAAGAAAAUCAUCGUGUGCCUUUUCAUUGCCAUUCUGUGCAAUGUGGGGGGCGUGCGUGGUUUUUCUCUGGUUGAAAAAAAAGGGGGAUACUGUACAAAGUUGAAGGCAACAGUUGAGGAAUUGGGGAAGCGGUUUACUGACACCUGGAAUGUUUUUGAGGAUGCACUUCAUAAGGUGGAGAAUGUUAAAGAAAAUUGCGAAAGGUUUGUUAAGUUAAGUGAAGAGAAGGAAGUGAGUGAUGCUGCUAACUCGGAUAAAAUGAAAUUAGUGAAUGAGUACUACAACGCUAUUAUGUAUAAUGAACGGCAGAUAUCCGAUUACGAAAAAAAAAUUCACGAUUUAUUAAUCGGUUUGGGAAAGCACUGCGGCUUCUGGUUGUCUUUCACUCCCGUAUCCUCGUUUCUGCGUGAUAUCACAAAACGCCACCUUGAGGAGGCUUCAGAAUUGAUAUCGAAGGUGGAAUCACUCAGUGAAAAUGCGAAAUCUUAUGCUUCUCACGCUUCAGGGGAGUGGUGCUCCGCGCCAGCUACAGAUACGCAGGAGGAAGUCACAAGAAGUGAAGCGGAGCCGCAAAGUGGCGGUGACUCACUACAAGACACCACUCCAACUGUCGGAACUCGUGAGCUCGAUAGGGCCACGUCCACUACCUCGUCCGAGACCCGUGAGGAACAUGCGGGCACAGAAUCUGCUAAUUGA